AUGUGCCAAAACAAGGACCCCAGGAAGCAAAUGUUGGACGAAAAGGAAGAAGAAGGAAUGGGCACACCGUCGAUUCAAUAUGGUGAAACGAAUGCGUUUUUGCAGCACGUAAAGACCCAGCUAUGGAUGUCAUAUCAAACAUCUGAAGUGACCAAGAAAGGCUUGGGAAAGGUAGAAGAGAAAAAAGCUGUGGCAUUGAAAGACGGUCAUAUGGACGAUUGUUAUACGUUCUUUAUGGCCUUGGAAGAGGAGUCAAAAUCAGCUCGGGUUAUCAGGAAGUGCUCCAGUGUACUGAACCGCUUCUUGAAAGGUAUCGAUGCACUCCAAAAUGAAGGACAACAAGCACAAGACUGGGCAAGAGUUGAUCUCAACGAGGUGUUGAAACUUAUGGAAGAUCUGAUUGAAUAUUUCUCACAACCUGAAGAUGAACAAGAUUUCGAAGAGAAGCAGAAUCGUUUGCGAGCCCUACGAUCGAGGCAAGAUCUUUUCCAAGAGGAAGGAGUUCUUAAUAUGAUUCUUGACACCAUCGAUAAAUUCUCGCAAAUGGAAGCAUUACCAGACUUUGCCGGACUCAUUGGAGAGGAGACUCAUGAAAUGUGGGAAGAAAUUGCCACCUACCUGUACCUACUGGUAGCAGCCAUGAUAAAAGGAAACCACUAUAAUUGCGCACAAUUUGCUGCAGCGCAAAGAUUGGACUGGCUUUUUGGACGUUUGAGUAACCCACAAUCAGCUGAAGGAAUCCUGGAUGUGCUGUAUUGUGUGUUGACUGAGUCUCCAGAAGCUUUGAAUAUGAUCAACGAAGGGCAUAUUCGAUCUGUAAUAUCGCUUUUGGAGAAAGUCGGACGAGAUCCAAAGGUGAGCAUUAUUUUUGUGAACAACUCUUGAUU